UGUUCUACACACUCAGGCUUCCYGAASAAAACAAGCUGUUUCUAAUGAUAUCAUUGUUCCAUUCUUCCAAGUGGCUCAUUUAAGGAACUUUUAAUAACUUCUCGAUUAGAAAGCAAAUAUAAAGCUGUUGGAUGGCGUAGUCUAUGUUUUUCUUGGACACACGUGGACGUAUAAAACACAGAAGACUUCUUAUUUUGGUGGGAAUCACCUAGGUAACCCCKAAAGMAGACUCGCUUGCCUUCAUGCAGCUUCGACACUUACUAUAGCUCUACAAAUACUAUAAUACAAUGUCAAUAUUAGRGCAAUUGAAUCACUGAUUGACGCUAAUGUUUGAAACUGGAUGUAAUUUGAAGCCUAGUAGUAAAGUGGAAUCGAUUGUAAAAUAGCGUGAUCUAGAUUCUUAGCGUUUUAUUAUAAUUUAUGUACAAACAUGUUUACAAGAGAAAAGACGAAAAACAAAGUAGACCCCGGAGGAACAAAGCGAAGCAGAAAAAGUCAAAAACCCGCAUGGGAGACCCUGUUCAACACUCAAGCCAAAGAUCAGCAGCGACAAAUUGCUGAAAAAGURCGAUUCUGGAAAGAGAGAGCGAUGCAUAGCGAAGACGAUGARAGUGAUGAUGACUACGAUCUUCAAAAUACUUCGAGUUCACCAAACCGAGCCUACAAUCUUUCAGCGAGUAUGCCUAGAGGCCAGGAGAGGCAAUGGUCAAACGCAAGGGGAAAAAGACAAAACGACAAAUUAAGUCGAUCAUGGGGACCAAAUAGCUUCCAACAUUCGAAUGAUUUCCAGCAUUCAAAUGGCUUACAACGUUCAAAUGGCUUGMAACAUUCAAAUGGCUUCCUGAAUUCGACAGAAAUGUACAAUUCUAAUGAAUUUUCCCAAUCAAACGGUGCUUUGGACGGUCUUUGGACAAGUAAAACAAGGGGAAGCCCCACAAGAGGAGAAGUGACAAUUGAAGGGGAUUUUCAACUUUAUCCUGGCUAUCCCCCAAUCCCSCACYGCCUCGUUUCAAAKAUUCAAAAAGGACAGUAUGUCAAUUUCCAGGAAUUGUUACCAGACAAUCUCAUUAACUCAACGACUGGCACUAAAAGGCUGAAAGAUGAAACAGACAGGGUCAGCGAUGUUACCAAAUGGAUUGACUGCAUGGCAAACUACAUUGCCAUAGUUACCCUUUCAAGACCAGAGAGACUGCGUGACCUUCUCAUUUAUCAAAGUCAUGUUAUGAGGCUUAUUCGUGACAGUCAUGACAAGACGUCCUGGCAAAGGUACGAUGUUGCCUUCAGGAGGAAAGCAGCGCAAAGUGGUAUGUUAAACUGGAGCAAUGUUGAUGAGAAUCUUUGGAUAAUGGCUUGUUCACCGGAUGCAAGGAAGUCAGUAACAUGCAAACCAUGUCUGUCAAUUAUGCAUGACUUUAGGAAUUGUCCUAUUGAUGCUAUGAACAAGGAAGAAGAUGCCAAAACAAACAAGAAAAAUGCCUGGGGAAUAAGAAGCAAAUCCCCAAACAGAGACACUCACAACAGAACAAGAUCUCUGAGUCCAACAAGGGCAUCAGUUUUACCCAAGGAUGGUCUUGAAUUGCAGUUUGCUUUUGGUUACCAUGGUUACAAUGCAUGCAACAAUGUCUUCUAUACACAAGCCAAUGAGAUGGUAUUCCAUGUAGCAGCCCUCGGCAUAGUGUACAGUCCUCUCACUCACAAGCAAAGAUUCUACAAAGGUCACACUGAUGACAUCCUCUGCUUGACUAUUCAUGACUUCAAGGAUUAUGUAGCCACUGGUCAGGAUUGAAAAGCGUCCUGUGACUUUUGGCAAAGCAGGAACUGCAGCUACMAUGCUGUGYGUCUGUCACAGUGCCAUUGAUGACCUGUGCUUUAGCGGWUCUGACAACGGAACUGUGUAUGUAUGGCAAGGUACCACCCUUAGGAGGACUGUCCAGGCACACAAAGGAGCUGUGUGUGCUAUGUACUCAAUCAGYCAAUCAAAGAAUGAGAGUUCUCUUCCUGGUGGACAACAAUCUUCAAAUGUUGGCUUUGUGACUGGUGGAAGAGAUGGAGUAGUUGUAAUGUGGGAUAAGUUCUUUGAGCAUUGUCUGAAAGCAUUCAAGGUCGAGAACAGUGUAAUGAACCCCGGCUCAGUGUUAUUGCAUGAUCUUCCACCGAUCAGAGCCAUUCAUACCGAUGAAGAUAAGAUUCUAAUUGGUACAGGAAAUGAUGAGAUAAUUGAAAUUGGGACUGAUGGCAUGAUGACGAUAUGGGUACAGGGGCAUGGCGAGGGAGAAGUUUGGGGACUAGACACACACCCAACAGAGAACGAAUGCGUUACUGUGAGCGACGAUAAGACCCUUAGGGUCUGGGACCUAAAUACGCAUCUUCUAAAGCAAGUUAAGAAAAUGAAAAAGGGUGGCCGUGCCGUGGCGUAUUCCCCAGAUGGAGGGUCGCUCGCCGUUGGUCAAAAUGAUGGGGGAUUCUUGAUCCUGGAAGCUACCACGCUCGAAAAAGUUGUUGGGUACAAGGACAGAAAGGAGGAGAUAUCAGACAUUAAAUUUUCUCCAGAUGGCAAAUUCCUUGCUGUUGGCUCCCACGACAAUUUCGUGGACGUUUACAGUGUUAAACGAGGCAAGAGGACGGGMGUUUGCAAAGGCAGCUCUAGUUACAUCACACACUUAGAUUGGGAUGUCAAAGGUCGCCUCUUACAAACCAAUUCUGGUGCACGGGAACAKUUAUUCUACGAAGCUCCUCACUGUCGUCGCCAGACCCUCACAAACCACGACAUGGAAAGAAUUGAUUGGUCGACAUUUACCUGUGUACUUGGACCAAUGGUGAAAGGUGUGUAUCCUCCAAUGACUGACGUCACUGAUGUGAACUCUACGGCGAGAUCACAUGAUCAGGUUCUUCUGGCAAGUGGAGACGACUUUGGUAUGGUGAAGCUGUUCWACUAUCCCGUCUCGCAACGUGGCGCAAGGUUUCGACAAUACAAUGGUCAUUCGUCCCAUGUCACCAAUGUGCGCUGGACCCAUGAUGACCGUUUUCUUGUAUCUACUGGUGGACUGGACACAGGCCUGCUAAUCUGGGAGCGGGUGCGGAUAGAGGAGGACGAAGAAGUCGCAGUGCCUGAAGACAAAGUUUUUGUUCAACCAAAGUUCUUACCGACCGGACCUAUCAAGGAUCCCAUCGCUAAGGGAAAGCCUCAGUUUGAUUGAUGCUGUCAAUCAAAGUAACCGAAACUAGUGCUGACUGGCAUAGGGUUGUUMUAAAGGCACUGAUGAACGCCAAAGCAAUCGAUGGUGAUUCACUUUGAAAAGAGUAUAGUUAUCAGCUCAAGAAUAGAAUUAAUAAACUGUUAGCCACGGCGAAAGCCGAAGACUGUUUGUUUAGACCACGUGACGACGAGGGAUCGAGAGUACGGAAGUACUAUAUUAUAAUUAUAAUAUUACCGAAACAGGGAGCGAGGGGAUCAGUAUAUCUUUGAUAGCAAAGAAAUAUUACAUUAUACAUGUUAUGCUAUCUUGUAUUCAUUUCUUUUAAUAUAAUUUUUAUCAUUUUUUUUAAUCAAGACGCGACUUGUUAUUUAUUUGUUAUGAUAUAAGUCAUAUAAUGAUAGUAAAUAAAAAAUGUAUAGAUA